UGUGUUAGUUUGGUCAGUGUGACACUUUCACUCUGAGAGGUUGAGGGUUUACAGUCUGGUGAUCAAAGUUAUUAUAAUUAUAUCAUAAUUUUUAACUGAAACUGAACCCUCUUUCUGUCUGUCUCUCUGUCUCCGUCUCUGUCGUGUCUUCAGGAAGUCUGGUUUGAUGUCUGCGUCCGUCCUGUCUCCAUCUCUGUGUGGACGCCUCGGUCUGGUCUGUGGACUCCUGCUGCUGGCCUCCUCACCGCUGCUCACAGCAGGCCGGCUCAGUAACUGCAGUCACCCUCUGGUGCCUGAACAUGGAGGUUUCCGCUGCGACCCGUCCCCGUGUCGAGGUUUCCCCCAGAAGACGUCUAUCCACCUGUUCUGUGAGCCGGGCUUCCACCUCAGCAGCAAGGUCCGGGCAUCCCGCUGCCACCGCGGCCACUGGGCGCCGCCCAUCCCCACCUGCCUCCCCGUCAGAAACGGUCCCAACAUGAAGUUAGACGACCGAGCGAGCGACUCGAUGCCCAGCAUGGCCACGACGGCGGUGGGCGUGUCCAUCUUCCUGCUCACCACCACCGCUUGCCUGGUUGUCAAGUCCCGCCUCUACCCCUGUCACUCACACAGCCGGCGCUCCUCAGACCAGCUGGACCUGAUGGUGGACGGACAUCCGGUCUCGCUGCCGUCCUACGAGGAGGCAGUGUACGGUAGCUGGGGGCAGCGGCUGCCCGCCUGCCCGGCGCCCGGCCCCACGCAGCUCCUCCUGUCGCAGGAGGCUCCGAGCUGCCAGUCAGAUGGCAGCUGGCGCCCCCUGCUGGCCAGCCCCGACAACCCCCCGCCGCCGUACGAGGAGGUGCAGAUGUCGCGGCCCAGAGAGCGGACGGGGGACGGGAACGUCCUGCAGCUACACGUCUCACUUUCAAACCACAAAGACACUUGAUGUGACUAAAGGAUUUACUGCCAGUGUUCACUGACUAACAGCAGACUGCUGCACUUUCCCUGGUUGGCUGUAGCUCACUAGCAUCAGGACUCUCUGUCCAAUCACACGCUAGUGUAGACAAUAAGCUCAGAUUGGCCGGUGGUCAGAUCACAAAGACGUGACUGAAGAGGACGUUUAUAAAUAAAAUGUUGGCUGUUUGUCAUGUUGUAUGAAUGUGAGACAGAAGAAUGUGUGUGUGUGUGUGUGUGUGUGUGUGUGUGUGUGUGUGACGAUGGUGCUGUUACAGAAACUCAGUGUGUUUCCAAGGAAACUGGCUCUUUUUUUCCGAUGUCUGAAUCUUGCAGAUCUUGUGCAGCGUUUCUGUCGGUUGUUGAUCUGAAGCAACCAAACCACCUGAAUAAAAACCUGAA